AUAUUUAUUUGCUUAAUAGCUUCAGAUAUGAAAGCAUAAUACAGCAAAGCCAUAGCAGGAUUUAUCUAUCCAGAAAAAUGGCAAUUGGCGCCGUCGUUUCCCACCGCAAUUUCGGCUCCUUUAUCGGCUCUGGACGACUACAUCAUGGAGAAACAGCCACAUAUCACCAUGGAGGUCAGCACUUGAGUGUUGCUGCAGCAAAGUAUGUAUGUACCAUUAUUGAUAGCAAGCUAAAUCUUCCACGUACAAGCUAUACAUGUGCUCGCCAAUUAAAGUCACAUUUUAGGGUAGAUCCACCUCUCUUAACGUCCCACAAACUGAGCCGAAAGUUUAAAGUGAUCAAUGCAAGGAGAGGAGUUAGAGGACUAUGUCAGUGCCGCCUUUCUUCAGCCUACACUGAUGGCAAUCUGUUUCCAGCAAGGAAGUUUGGUAACCAUAGCUUUCUUGAUGGCCAAAACCCUAUGUCAAAGUAUUCAACAGUGGCUAGGACUACAGCUGACUUCACAUCUGAAGAGUAUGAUAUAACAGGAACCAAUUUGGACUCCAUCUUAUCACCAGAUGGAGCAAGUGAAGCAGUUUUGGUUACAGAAGUUGGGGAAGUAGUACCUUGGUGGAAGCAGUUACCAAAGCGAUGGGUGAUGGUGCUCCUAUGUUUUACUGCUUUUCUGCUGUGCAACAUGGAUCGCGUGAACAUGAGCAUAGCAAUACUCCCAAUGUCCAAGGAAUACAACUGGAGCAGUGCCACUGUUGGUCUUAUUCAGUCUUCUUUCUUCUGGGGUUAUCUGCUUACACAGAUUCUUGGAGGUAUAUGGGCUGAUAAAAUAGGUGGGAAGCUAGUGCUUGGUUUUGGAGUAAUUUGGUGGUCUAUUGCAACAGUAUUGACACCUAUUGCUGCAAGAGUCGGGCUCCCGUGCUUACUCAUUAUGCGUGCGUUCAUGGGAAUUGGCGAGGGUGUUGCUAUGCCAGCUAUGAAUAAUUUGUUGUCGAAAUGGAUUCCUGUCUCCGAGAGAAGUAGGUCUCUUGCGUUAGUAUACAGCGGCAUGUAUCUUGGAUCAGUUACAGGUUUAGCUGUUUCACCUGUAAUGAUCCACAAGUAUGGGUGGCCAUCUAUAUUCUAUGCAUUUGGAUCCCUUGGGAUUAUCUGGUUUGCACUUUGGUGGAAAAAAGCACACAGCUCACCAGAAGAUGACCCGGGUCUUAGUCUGGGGGAAAGGGAACUAAUUCUAGGUGGCAGCAUAUCUAAGGAACCCGUCUCGGAAAUUCCAUGGAAGAAAAUUCUGACCAAGGCCCCUGUCUGGGCUCUAAUUGUUUCCCAUUUCUGCCAUAACUGGGGAACAUUUAUUCUCUUGACAUGGAUGCCAACAUACUAUAACCAGGUCUUGAAAUUCAACCUCACUGAAUCCGGCCUGCUCUGCGUACUUCCGUGGCUCACGAUGGCCGUGUUUGCUAAUAUAGGCGGGUGGAUUGCUGAUACCCUCAUAAGCAGAGGUCUCUCCAUCACUUCAGUCCGCAAGAUUAUGCAGUCGAUUGGAUUUCUUGGUCCCGCCUUCUUCUUAACACAACUUAGUAAAGUGAAGACACCUGCUCUAGCAGUGUUGUGCAUGGCUUGCAGUCAGGGUUCGGAUGCAUUUUCUCAGUCCGGACUCUACUCGAAUCAUCAAGAUAUUGGGCCACGCUAUGCUGGAGUUCUCUUGGGUCUGUCUAACACUGCUGGCGUACUUGCUGGUGUCUUCGGAACUGCUGCUACUGGAUACAUACUACAAAAGGGUUCUUGGGAUGAUGUGUUUAAAGUUGCCGUUGCUCUGUACUUCGUCGGCACAUUAACAUGGAACCUUUUCGCCACCGGAGAGAAAAUUCUGGAUUAGGGAAGAGUGUCCUGAGAAGGAGGCGUUUCUUCAAAAUUUGGAUGGUUUUGGUAGUUGAGAUAUUGAACUCAAAUACUAGAGAUCUAAAUUUUGGAAGAACUUUUUCUAGGUCUGAGGUAUUAUUGCUUCCAACAUUCAAUUUAAAGAUGAUUAAUUUUAUAAAUUAUUCACAGAGAUAUAAUUGUAUAA